AGAAGAAUAUCGCGGCCGACGUGCGUGCCUGGUUCACGCGGGACGCGCACACACCCUGAAAUUGGCAUUGCAAGAAGAGAUCGCCGGUAUAAAAUGGGACGCAGGCUCGACAGUUUUGAGCAGCACUGAGCAGAUCAAGCACGAACCACUCGACUAAUCAUCUCUGCCUUUGUGCUGCUUCUUUGAUUAACCAUGGGAGGCGGCCACGACGUGAACGGCGGCGUGAAGGGGUUCGUGUCGAACCUCGUCGGCGGCGGGAAAGGCCGCGGCUACGGGUACGGCCAGCAGGGUCACGGCGGCGGCAACGGGCAGUGCUACGAGCAGGGAUACGGCGGCCACGGCCAACAGCAGCACGGCUACGGCGGACACACACAGCAGCAGGGGCACGGUGGCGCCUACGAGCAUGGGUGCGGCGGCGGGCAUGUGCAGCAGCAGGGGUACGGCGGCCACGGCCACGGCCACGAGCAGCACGGCUACGGCAGCCACGUACAGCCUCAGCACGGGUCGUCGUGCCCUCCUGCGGCCGGCGCCUACCCUCCUCACGGCGGCUACCAGGCACACGGCUACGCGCCGGCGGCGUAUCCCUCGCACGGAGCGCACAACGGGGGUCACAUGGGAUCGUACAACACCGGCCAUGGCGGCGGCCACGGCCACGGCGGGAUGUACAAGCCCGGCAAGCACGGCAGCAAGUGGAAGUGAUCGAACUAUGCAGUGGAGUACGGGUUACCCAUCGUCGUUUGCGUGCUCUGCCUCUACGUAUGUAAAUGUGCGCGCGCGGCCAUGCCCCUUCACACUCGAUCGCCUAUAUCCCUAUUCUCAGUCGGUUAACCAAGCUUCCUAUGCAUGAUGUAUCAAGUAUGUAUACACCACCUAAGUGAAAUAAAGAGCUACGCCUAUACACGUGAUGUGUGAUACA